CUGACAGCGAGCGGAAGAGGAAGGAACGGGCCAGGCUGUGAGGUGGCAGCGGCUGCAGCGGCGGAGCCGGCGCCUCGGGCCCUGGGGACUAGAGUUGCUCUUUGAUUGCUGAGAGGUAGACAGGGGCGCCGGGCUUGACAACGGGCGCACCGGAAGCCAGCCGAGCAUCCGUGCGCCUCCACAGGAUCCCUGCGUUGUCGCUAGCUGCUUCUCUUCUCGGUUUGCUUUGGUUCGGUUUGGGUACCCGGGGCUCUGGCAACACCAAACACCGAAUCGCUCUUAGGCGGCCGGGGUUACUGUCAUUGGCCUCCCGUCCCUUCUCAGAAGAUGGUGGGCAGCACCAGCCUCUCAGCAGCGGGGGUUCGGAGAAGAACGCCCUGCAGAGUGGCUCCAUCAGCCAUUGUGCUCCUCUGAGAGGCUCUCCGUGCUGAGUCACCAUAUCCUCCGUCCACCUCAUUAGGUGGGCAGAACUUCUGUGCGCGGUGCCAGUGGCUCCUGACUACUGGGAGGGGUGGGUACCCUAGCCAGAUGUCUGCUUAACACUCGGGAAUAGAGUGGAAAGGCCCUGCCCCCAUCCCGGUGCCCGCCUUCAGCGGCCAGUCAGCAGCGCCUGCAGUAAACUGAGUGAGACGUGACCCCGCCAGGUGCUCUUUGGGAAAGGCCCGUGGAGUUAGGUUCCUCUAGCCGGGGGCUGUUGUGUUGAUGGAGCACGUGCUUUUCCCCAAGCCCAUCUUUAUGGGUUGCUGCCAUCUCUUGGCUUAGAUCCAGUCUACAGGUGUAUGUAGUCCUUUUGGGGUUAGAUUUGACAGGAUUGAGUUUUAUUUCCUCCCGUUUUUACUGGAAGCCUCACCAUUAGUGGGUGAAAUUGAUUCUGAUAUUUACUAUCUGGAUUGAGGGUUAGAUCCAGCACCUUGACAACAGAAGGCCAGGCAGACAUUUCCCGGGGAUACUGGGCCUGUAAGCAAACACGCCUUGUUCUCUUGGUGACCUCAUUGACCCCAGGUUCCUUUGUUAAAACUGCAGACCUACACCCGGCCAGGUGCCCAUUUACCCACUGAUCGAUCCUUGAGGCUGUGCCCUCUGGGGCACGCACAUGGCAGGGCCCACCGCCAUGCGACUGAGCUCAGUGUUGGCUCUGCUGCGACCAGCACUGCCCCUCAUCCUAGGGCUGUCUCUGGGGUGCAGCCUGAGCCUCUUGCGGGUUUCCUGGAUCCAGGGUGAGGGAGAAGAUCCCUGUGUAGUGGCUGUGGGGGAACCAGGAGGGCCACAGAAUCUAGACUCAGGAACUCAGCUUGACCAAAGUGAUGAAGACUUCAAACCCCGGAUUGUCCCCUACUACAGGGAUCCCAACAAGCCCUACAAGAAGGUGCUCAGGACUCGGUACAUCCAGACAGAGCUGGGCUCUCGCGAGCGGUUGCUGGUGGCUGUCCUGACCUCCCGGGCCACACUGUCCACUCUGGCUGUGGCUGUGAACCGCACGGUGGCUCACCACUUUCCUCGGUUACUCUACUUCACUGGGCAGCGAGGGGCCCGGACUCCGGCAGGGAUGCAGGUGGUAUCUCACGGGGACGAACGGCCAGCCUGGCUCAUGUCCGAGACCCUGCGCCAUCUUCACACACACUUUGGGGCCGACUACGACUGGUUCUUCGUCAUGCAGGAUGACACGUAUGUGCAGGCCCCCCGCCUGGCAGCCCUGGCUGGCCACCUCAGUAUCAACCAAGACCUGUACCUGGGCCGGACGGAGGAGUUCAUUGGCGCGGGCGAGCAGGCCCGAUACUGCCACGGCGGCUUUGGCUACCUGUUGUCACGGAGCCUCCUGCUUCGAUUGUGGCCACAUCUGGAUGGCUGUCGAGGAGACAUCCUCAGUGCCCGUCCUGAUGAGUGGCUUGGCCGCUGCCUCAUUGACUCUCUGGGCAUCGGCUGUGUCUCACAGCACCAGGGGCAGCAGUAUCGCUCGUUUGAACUGGCCAAAAAUAGGGACCCCGAGAAGGAGGAGAGCUCGGCUUUCCUGAGUGCUUUUGCGGUGCACCCUGUCUCCGAGGGAACCCUCAUGUACCGGCUCCACAAGCGCUUCAGUGCUCUGGAGCUGGAACGAGCGUACAGUGAAAUAGAACAGCUGCAGGCUCAGAUCCGGAACCUGACCGUGCUGACCCCUGAGGGGGAGGCAGGCCUGAGCUGGCCCAUUGGGCUCCCGGCCCCUUUUACACCACACUCUCGUUUUGAGGUGCUGGGCUGGGACUACUUCACAGAGCAGCACACCUUCUCCUGCGCAGACGGGGCCCCCAAGUGCCCACUGCAAGGGGCUAGCAGGGCAGAUGUGGGUGACGCCGUGGAGACUGCUUUGGAGCAGCUGAAUCGGCGCUAUCAGCCCCGCCUGCGCUUCCAGAAGCAGCGGCUGCUCAACGGCUACCGGCGCUUUGAUCCAGCGCGGGGCAUGGAGUACACCCUGGACCUGCUGCUGGAAGCUGUGACGCAGCGCGGCCACCGGCGGGCCCUGGCCCGCAGGGUCAGCCUGCUGCGGCCCCUGAGCCGGGUGGAGAUCCUCCCCAUGCCCUACGUCACCGAGGCCACCCGCGUGCAGCUGGUGCUGCCGCUGCUGGUGGCCGAAGCCGCCGCGGCCCCUGCGUUCCUGGAGGCCUUUGCAGCCGGUGUCCUGGAGCCACGAGAGCAUGCCUUGCUCACCCUGUUGCUGGUCUAUGGGCCGCGGGAAGGGGGCCGAGGGGCCCCGGACCCGUUUCUUGGGGUGAAGGCUGCAGCGGCUGAGUUGGAACGACGGUACCCUGGGACGAGGCUGGCCUGGCUCGCUGUGCGCGCGGAGGCCCCUUCCCAGGUGCGGCUCCUGGACGUGGUCUCUAAGAAGCACCCCGUGGACACGCUCUUCUUCCUCACCACCGUGUGGACCAGGCCCGGGCCCGAAGUCCUCAACCGCUGCCGCAUGAACGCCAUCUCCGGCUGGCAGGCCUUCUUCCCGGUCCACUUCCAGGAGUUCAGCCCUGCCCUGGCACCACAGAGAUCUCCCCAGGGGCCCCCGGGGGCCGGCCCUGACCCCCCGUCCCCUCCUGGUGCUGACCCUGCCCGGGGGGCUCCCGCUGGGGGCAGGUUUGACCGACAGGCUUCCGCAGAGGGCUGCUUCUACAACGCGGACUACCUGGCGGCGCGAGCCCGGCUGGCUGGUGAGCUGGCAGGCCAGGAAGAGGAGGAAGCCCUGGAGGGGCUGGAGGUGGUGGAUGUUUUCCUCCGGUUCUCAGGGCUCCACCUUUUCCGGGCCGUGGAGCCAGGGCUGGUGCAGAAGUUCUCCGUGCGUGACUGCAGCCCUCGGCUCAGCGAGGAGCUCUACCACCGCUGCCGCCUCAGCAACCUGGAGGGGCUGGGGGGCCGUGCGCAGCUCGCCAUGGCUCUGUUUGAGCAGGAGCAGGCCAAUAGCACCUAGCGCGGCCCGGGCCCCCCCACCCCACCCCGCGCCGCCACUUAGAGCCCUUCCGGCCUUAGCCCCGGCCAGGCGGGGCAAGAUGGAUGGACCGACGGAGGGCUUGUUGCUGUAUUUCUGAAUAAGAAAAUGUUAAU